AUAUAAGGAAGAACACCUCAUCCUAUUUGAUUCACCUUCUUUUGUCUUGACCAUGUUACAUGUAACUCACUCUUUCUUAUACCAAACAAACACAAACAUUAGAUAUUUCCAAUGAAGUGGGAGUUCCAGAACAGACACAGAGACCCUCCUCGAAAUGCUGUCUAUUAUUCCCUGGCAUAUCUCUGUAUCCUCGACUCUCACCAAAUUCUCACCUUUCAAUAUCACUUCUAAGAAAUCAAACUCUUACCCUUCCAAGAUUUCACCUUCCUCCAAUGAAUUCUCUCUCCUUUCUCUCCACAACUCAGGAAUUUGCAGGGCUAGUGAAGUUGCUGAUUUGUUCCCAGCAGUGUCCCCGGAAAUAAUUGUCCGCGAGGCAAGGUUGGAGGACUAUUGGGGAGUAGCAGAGACUCACUGCAAGUGCUUCUUCCCUGAAUAUUCCUUCCCAUUAGAUUUUGUGCUCAGGAUAGACAGAUUGGUGGUGGCUAUGUUAGCAGCUAUUUUAGCAGGAUUAUUCAGGCCAAGACACUGCAGAAAAAUCUGUUUGGUGGCUGUUAUUGGCACCUCGCUUGAUGAGUCCUUUUCGUUUGGAAGUGAGGGUCACAAAAUUGGUAGUUUUGAUGGGAAAUUCAGUCUCAACAGGGGCUAUGUGGCUGGAAUAUUGACAGUAGACAAUAAUGCAGACUUUCUACCAAGAAAGGGGCCAAGGAGACAUAGAAGGACUGGAGUUGCAUACAUAUCAAAUGUUGCAGUACGAGAAAAUUUUCGGAGGAAGGGAAUAGCUAAAAAACUGAUAGAAAGGGCUGAGUCUUAUGCCAGAAGUUGGAGCUGUCGUGCAAUUGCACUGCAUUGUGACUUGGAAAAUCCUGUGGCCACAAUGCUAUACAAAGGCCAAGGUUACAAAUGUGUCAUGGUUCCAGAAGGAGCAAAGUGGCCUCAACCAAGAACCUCAUCAGAUAUCAGAUUCAACUUCAUGAUGAAGCUUCUAAAAAAUUCUCCAUCUUCUAGUUAGAUAUAUAUAGUAGGAAAUAGUAUUCAUAAACAUUGUCUACUAAAAAAUAGUUCACUAUUUUCUAUAAUGUUACUCACAUAUUCUUGUUCUUUUUUCCUUCAUUUGUGUCCUCACGUGUGCAUGAAAUGAUUGGACAUUGUAUUUAGAGAAAAUAGGUUAGUUUGUAACUUUUUGUUUUGUACUUCUUACAAUGAAAAAGUUUGUUUUAGCUCAUACGUUAGAUAAAGUUCUGACCAUACUUGUUUACUAGAAUGAGUCUAGGGCCAAAAUUUAU